AUGUCUCGAACAGGAAGUGAAAACAGUCUGCCACACAUUCCACCUGAUUCUCCUGGAAGUUCAGUGUCAUCGCAACUUCAGGAGGAAUAUGAUGAGUUGUUGAAAUACGCCGUCGUACAUUACCUCACCCAACAUGUGCGACAUCUGUCAGACGAGUGCUCUGUGUCGGACAAAGAAAACCUCUGUCCCCCUGGCGCUGAUGAUGUUGAUGCUGAUGAAGUUGAGGUUGUCGUCACGCCGAGGAACAUCAAUGACAAUGCUGGCAUGCGUCACAACAUCGGUCACAGUCCGGCUGGGUCAUGCGGAAACCACGUCAGUGAACACGGUAGUCGAGCUUACAUCCCGCAGCAGUUCUCAGCCACACACUCCAUGACGUUACAUUCAGAGUCUGGCCGCAGUGACAUGGAUCGUGAGCAUGCAUCGUACGAUAUUUACACGGCGUCAAUUGACCCAGAUGUCGGACGAAUGGAGGCGUUGCUUGACCAGUGGGCACUCGAUCUGAAACGUAACGUUCUGGCUGAAUUCAGUCAGUCGAAAAUCCGACUUAUUGAGCUGAGUCACCAGGACCUGAUGAAGGAGAAGGAAAGAAAUGCUUUUGAGAAGAACCGCCUGCUGAAUGAGCUGGACAGUGUGAAGGAGUUACUGCACACGUACGAGGUUUCCAUAGAGCGGAAGGACCAGGUGAUAUCAAACCUGACCCACGCCAUGCAGAAACAGCGAGAGAAAUACGAGAUGGCCAAAAAAUUCAGCGAGUGGAAAAUACGACACAAUGACUUCAAGAGGGAGGCGUUUGCUAGUAACCUGGCAAGAAAGCACUACGAGAAGAAGCUGUCACAGAAGGUGUGGUAUGCAUGGCACUCGAUCAUCGAGACGAGGUGGAAGAAUCGGGUAGAGCGCGCGUGUCAGGCCAAGGCGCAGGACGUCUGUAGAGACCUCACCGACCACUACGAGGUCAAACUGGCGUCGCUGAACGAGGCUCUAGAAGCGUCGCGAGUGGAGGUCUCGAAACUGAUGAAGGAACGGGAGCGUUACGAGGAGGCCAUGAAGAAGGCGUUCAUGCGCGGCGUGUGUGCGCUCAACCUUGAAGCCAUGUCCAUGUUCCAGGGAGACGAAGAACACGCUGAUGUGAACCAGCACCACCACACUGGUUCCUCGUCCUCACAGGAUGACAUCUCGGAUAAUCUAGACGGGGGGGUGCUCGAGAAAGACCACGGGGCGCCGAAAACCAUUCCACAGGAAGCUAUUUACACGUCACAUCCUGCAGAAUACCCGCCACCUCGCGUCAUCACAAGUCAGGGGUCGCGGGCAGUGACGUCGAAUGUACCUCAUGCCCAGACAGUGCCGUCUGCUAAACCGAGCACCAGUUCGACUUCCUCGUCGAAGGGGAAAGUGAUCAGCACUAAAAUAACAGCCAGAGUGGAUUCUGGGAGGCCGGGGAAGAGUAUCUUAUCCGCAAACUCACAGACGCUGGCUCCUCCAAUGGCCUCUGUUAUUGUCGAACGACACCAGCCUAUUACUAAACAAACCAUUGGUCAUGCGACAGCCAGCAAAUAUCCCAAACCGCAGACAGCGCCCCCUGGUCAUAUCUUUAAACGUUUAGCCGGCCAGGGAGCCCCUGUUACAGUGGCACCUCACAUUCAGACGGUUAAAGUUGUCGACUGACGACAUUGCUGAAGUAUUCUAAACGACAUCUGUGACAUUACGUUUUCAACAUUCCGUCCACGCCAGGGGUACAGAAAGAAUUAGUCCACACACCAAAUACAGAGAAAAGUUCUGAGGGACGAUUGAAAAAAAAUAUAUAUAUCCACCAAUC